AUGAGUAGCGCCGAUCUUGAAUGUUGGCAUGGCGCUCUUUCCCGGCAGAAUGCUCACAGAUUGCUCACAUCCCGAGGUCUUCAAAACGGCAUGUUCCUAAUCCGCGCUGGUCGCGGAGGACGAGACCCUGUCGUCUCUCUCGUCGCCAAUGAAGAUGUCCAGCAUUUUGUUGUGACGACAAGUCCUGUUCACUUGUGCAUGAAGCUCGACGGUGGGCCGUGGUUCGUCGGGCUCGAUGAGCUGAUCCGCCACUACUCCCACCGUUCGCAUGGGCUUCCCGUUGCACUGAGAGAGCCCUGCAUUGGCGAUUCUAUUCCUCAAGUGUUGUUGGCAGCUGGGCCAGAUACUCCGUUGCAUUUAGCCACGAGAAAUAACGAUUUGAACGCAAUAAGUGCCAUCGCUGGUGAACAACCAGAACUGCUCGAAUAUCGUGACCGGGCAGGACGAACUUGUCUCCAUCUCGCUGUUCUCGGUGGUGACAUGGCCACAGUAGAAACUCUACUGCACGUUGGUUCGAACGUUAGAUUGCCAGAUACAGAUGGGAGCUCUGCGAUGCACAUUGCCGCCAGAACUGGCAAUACCGAAGCGAUUAUUUUGCUCCACAAGUUCAGAGCUGAGCUAACCGCGAGGGCGCACAAAACCGGCUGGCAACCGCUUCACGAAGCAGCCUACACAGGAAAUUAUGAGGCGACCAAGCUGCUUUUGGAAAUGGGAGUACCGGCUCACCCACGAUGUCAGCUAGGAAAGACACCAGCGGAAUUGGCCAGAACGAGGAAUCAUACGCGAACAACAACUCUUGUGGAAAGCUGGAGCAAACCAAAUACUGUUUCUUCCCGAAUUCAUUCGAGCCACUUCCUCCAUGGAGCCAUUGAUCGAACGGAAGCAACGAAUCUUGCCCUGCAAAACGGACCCGGUUCAUUUCUCGUUCGCGAAUCCCGUAGAAGACCUGGAGAGUUUGUUUUAACAAUGAACUUUGGAAAUCACGUGUACAACUACGAAAUUCGCAACAGUGAUCAUCUUUGGUUUUCAAUCGACGAAGGGCCUAUGUUUGAAAGCAUCGAGCAGUUGAUCGAGUACUACUUACAAGCUGGCGAAGGUCUUCCGGGGAAAUUAACGAGGCCAAUUGAACCUGUCGACCAGGCGACAAAGGGCCUUAAGCGAUUGCAAAUUGCGCAGAAGGGAGGGCAAAACGGAGGGAAUCAUCACUACGGGCAUGGGUCGCCCCAGCACUCGCCUGGAAUGCCUCCGAAUCAACACAACUUUAGUAAUACGAAUGGAAUGAAUAAUGGCUCCUCGAUACUUCCCCCUGUUUCUCAUCGAGGGAAUAUCAUGAUGCCCCACACGGAUAUUCCCGCUAGACGAGCAGGUCCGCAGCAUCACGAGCCUCCUCCACCACAGCAACAAGCUGAUCCAAAUGAAUUUCAAGGAGCUCAGGCACCUCAUAUUCCUCCUGAAUCGCUCGAAAUGCUCAAUCCUCUUGGAGAGGGAGAGUUUGGUUCCGUAAUGCAGGGCGUUUGGCAUCCGCCAGGGCCUCAUCAACCUCUUCCCGUUGCGAUUAAAACACUUCGAGCUGACUGCCUCGUUUCUGGAGAAAAGGAAUUCGUCAGAGAAGCAGCCGUUAUGGCACGAUUACAGCAUCCCAGCAUUGUGACACUCUAUGGCGUCUGCCGUGAACGACAAACAGGAACACUGAUGCUCGUCCAAGAGCUACUCGAAGCUGGAUCAGCGUUAGAUUACAUUUUGAACAAUGCAAAGACAGUUGGUCUCGAAGAAUUCAGAGUUUGGGCUGCUCAAAUUGCCGCUGGAAUGGACUAUCUCGAGGAGAGAAAGCUGGUUCAUCGAGACUUGGCGCUGCGGAAUAUUCUGCUUGCGGGGAAGAGACGGGCAAAGAUCUCUGAUUUUGGACUGUCGAGAGCGGUUGGAUCCGAGUCCGAUUAUUAUAGAGCGAAGCAGGGCGGCAGGUGGCCUGUAAAAUGGUACGCUCCAGAAUCAGUCAACUACGGCCAAUUUUCCUCAAAAUCCGACGUGUGGGGUUUUGGAAUCACACUUUGGGAAAUGUGGAGCUGGGGAGCUCCUCCUUAUGGAAAUCUUCCCGGAAGCGAGGUCAUCAAAUGGAUAGAACAAGGCGGAAGACUUGUGCAACCGAAACACUGUCCUGACAAGGUUUACAAAAUCAUGCGCAAUUGCUGGGACUACGAAAAAGAGCAUCGGCCUACUUUCCGCGAGCUGCUCACGACAUUUAGACGCAACCCAGAUUACUUCGACUUCCACCUAAGCUAA